AUCAUCAAGUGAUCCUCCGAAAAACUUAUCUCGACACUGCUGCUCUGAGGUACUUUUCCAUUAAAUAAUGUGUACUUUAGCAAAUUUUCAAUAUGCAUUUGCCAACUAGCAAAUCAUCCCUCACACCGUGCUGAUCGGGCUUAAACACUUGCAUCGCAACUUCCUAUGCUCGCCUUUCCUUGGCUCACAUUUCGUGCUUUGUACUGUAUUGAAUCUCUUUGGAAGACCAUGCCUUUCUGCUAUCUUUCCAUUCUCUUGUUUUCAUACUCAAAUUUGACAUCCUGAAUUACAAUAUUGUCUUAUUUCAGACAGACAUAAACUUGUUUCGCCAUUUAAGCAUCCUCCACCCUCUCUAAAAUCUCUAUGGGAGAUAUGGCAUCAAGUUCUUUCCCGCAGCCCAGCACAAAUUGGUCAGCCGAACAAAACAAGUUGUUCGAAAAUGCUCUUGCGAUAUAUGAUAAGGACACUCCGGAUCGUUGGGGGAAAAUAGCCAAGAUUGUCAAAGGAACAACCGAGGAUGAAGUAAAGCAGCAAUACGAGAUCCUUCUUGAUGAUAUAAAGAGCAUUGAGUCGGACAAAGUCCCGCUACCGAAUUACAAGAACGAAGGAAGCAGCAAGGAAAACAUCAUCGGUAAUGAAGAGGAGAGGCUGCAGUAACUAAAGUUCUAGUGGAGAAGGAUAUCAACAAUAGAGACGGCUAUUUUCCUUGAAGUUUUGAGUCGUCAUUUUUUUACUCUCUUAAAUGUGAUGACUUCUAUCCUAUAUAUGUACCAAAGAAGCAGCAUUAAACAUUUUAUCUGUUGUGUUAA